AUGGACAAGCCACUACGGUCAUUGGCUCCUCAUCCGGCAGGACCCAGCCAGAAGCCAGAGACGAAGGUACCGAAGAGAGAAAACAUCUCCCUCGCUUGUUCUGGCUGCAAAGCCCGAAAAUCCAAGUGCGAUGGGGCGCAGCCUUGCCAAGCCUGUAGCAAGAGAGGCAAGGAAUGUGUUUUUGAUGAAACCACAGAUAAAAGGCGUCGACUUAUUAUGAAACGCAAAAUGGAUAGCCUUGAAGAUGAUCACGACAUGCUACUUCAACUUGUAAGCAAACUGCGCGAUUCAAGCAACAGUCAGGUCAUCCAACUGCUCAAUCUGAUUCGGAGUAAUGCACCUUUGGAUGAAAUCAAAGAUUAUAUGGACAACAACAUGCACGACGAGCUUGAGAAGACACCCGAACUGAUGGAUAUCGCAAACAUUAUGAGAGAGGGUAGAGUUCAAUCGCGGCGCAGGGUCCUGGAUGUGAGACGACUCUCUGAUGAUCCGCUGUGGGAUGUCCCUGCCAAACCCUGGACGAGUCUGACUGAUGACAAUGCUUUCGUGUCCCACCUGGUUUCGCUCUUCUUUACGUGGUUUCAUCCAUACAUAAACUUCAUAGAUCGUGAUCGUUUCAUCAAAGACAUGCAGUCCGGGGAUCCAGAGAAUUCUCUCUACUGUUCACCUUUCCUCGUCAAUGCCAUCUUAGCCGAUGCUUGCGCCUAUUCGGAUUACCCAGAGGCGUUCGCUCAACCAGAGGACUUAACCUCUAAGGGAAAGCAUUUCUAUGAGGAGGCUAGAAUGCUUUAUGAGAAUGAAGAUGGCAAAGUCAGGUUGACUACCAUCCAAGGACUAUGCAUUCUCUUCUCAAGUUCUUGCCUGUAUGGCAAAGACCGACGCGGAUGGCUUUACGUGGGACAACUAAUCUACGUCACGCAAGACUUACUCGAGGAACACGAUUUAGGAACCGAGUCAAUAUAUGCACCAGAGGUCGUGAACCUCACAGUCUGGGGCCUCUACAAUAUCAUGGCGGCCAACUCUCUUAUAUUUCACAAGCGGAUCAUGUUUCGAGCCCCAAAAAGGCCAUUUGGAAUGCACCCGUCUCCUCAGCCCAGUCACAAGGACCUGUGGACCCCAUAUCCCUCUCUGGUCGGCGCCAUCCCUGCCCAUACAGCCCAUAUGGUAAAGGCCUAUUCAGAUUUGAGUGUUACCACAUUCGAAUCCUCUUCGUGGUUUUUCAAGGGGGGCAAGAAUUUAAAGAAUAUGUCCUUUUUGGAAAUGCGUGACGCGGCGGAUGACUUAUAUGCACGUCUCAAAGAUUGGAAAGCGAACAUCAACGACUGCAUGAAAGAGGAGACCAACACAACACCACAUGGUCUGAGUUUGCACAUGUACUGGAAUAAUAUAAUCAUGACCACUUAUGGCUUUGUGCAGAAAAAGGCCUAUCAGGAGGAUUUAAGCCCUGAAGAAUAUCAGUCAGUGAAAGAAAUCAGAUUCACAGCGGCCAGAGAGGUCGGACGACUGAUAGAUGUACACCGAUCCUUAUGGGGGAGCGACCGAAUCCCAGCGGCAAGCAUGCAAUCAUGCUCAAUGGCAGAGAAUACUCUUCUCGAGGAUCUCGACAACCCCGCAAGCCGAAAGGCUUUCAUCGAUCUCUGCGUUGUUUCCAAGGCCGCUGCACGUCUCUGGCCUUUAGGAAAGGCAAUGCUGCGUGCUCUCCAGGUAGCAGCGAAAGAGUUGGCAGUCACUCUCCCCUCUGAAACAGACGCCUUGUUCUCGGAUAUCGAGAGCAAUUGGUCCCCCAGAGAAACAAAGGAUAUUAGCAGCAAAUAUCCAAACUUUGCGAUUUAUCUUAAGUCGAAGAACAGCAAUGAAGCGGAACUUGACACGUUUUUGGAGAAGUGGGACGCUUUGCAAAUCGACGAUUUGGGCCCAUAG